GCACGGGUGGCGUGGCGCAACUCGCGAUACGAGGUCCACAAGGGCUCUUCUCAGGUGGGCUGAAAAAGCCACUCGCUCCGAGCCCGUUCAGCCCCUCCCGUCUUCCAUACGGAGUAUGCGGUAAUGUGCAUCUUCUCGUGUAGCUUGGCGGAGGACACGGCAUUGACGCGGGAGCAGACGCCCAUGACGUCGCGGCUCGGCAACGAGUGUGCUUUGCCCGGGGGCCCGGCAGCACGAGUAUUUAAACUGUUCGGCAAUUCUCCGAAUCUCUACUCCUCGACGUUAGAGAGAGUGUGGUGACUGCCGGCACUUGCUUUUGAUCCCGCCGUCGAGGUCCUCCUCGUGAACCCAUCAUUCCAUCAGCAUGAUGAAGCUUGCGUGUGCUUUGUCGGCCGUGCUAGUAGGCGCGGCCUCGGUCUCCGCGUCGCCCCGUCCGACGCCCGGGGACGACUGGCGGUCGCAGACGUGGGAUGCCAUCGUCGUUGGCGCCGGCACGGCCGGCAUCAUCGUCGCCGACCGCUUGAGCGAGGCGGGCUUGAAGACGCUGCUCCUCGAGCAAGGCGGGCCGUCGUACGGCAUCACGGGAGGCACCGAAGGGCCGGGCUGGCUCCACGGCACCGGCCUGAGCCGAGUCGACGUCCCGGGACUUUACUCUACCAUCUUCGCGGGCCACUCCCCGCUCCUGUGCGAACCUCACAUCGUCCGGGCCUUCCAGGGAUGCACCAUGGGCGGCAACAGCGCCAUCAACGCGGGCCUCUACUUCCAGCCGCCCGCGUCCGACUGGGACGACUACCACCCGGCCGGCUGGCGCAGCGCCGACGUGCGGCCCGCCGUGGCCCGGCUGCUGGCCCGGCAGCCGCCCGUGACGGCCUACUCGUCCGACGGGCGCUUCUACGCGCAGAGCGGCUACGACGCCGUGCGCGACUGGAUCGUCGGCGCCGCCGGCUUCGCCAACGUCUCCAUGGCCGACGAGCCGGACCGCAAGGACCGCGUCUUCGGCCGCCCCGUCUACGACUACAUCGACGGGCAGCGCGGCGGGCCGGUUCGCACGUACCUGCAGAGCGCCCUGGCGCGGCCCAACUUUCGCCUCCAGAUGGGCGUCCGCGUCCGCUACGUCACGCAGCAUCGCGGCAAGGCCUCGGGCGUGGUGGUGGAGGAGAAGGAGAAGGGGAAAGGCAACGGCGACGGCAACGCCCCAAAGACGACGACGAUAACGACCAUCAGGCUCACGCCCGGGGCCAGGGGUCGCGUCGUGCUCAGCGCCGGCGCCAUCCUCUCCCCCCAGCUGCUCAUGUACUCGGGCAUCGGUCCUCGCGACACGCUGGCCAGGCUCGCCGCGCGGGCACACACGCCGUACGUCAACGAGUCCUCGUGGGUCGUGCAGCCGGCCGUGGGCGAGGGCCUCUUCGACAACCCCAACACCUUCAUCGAGCUGUCCGGGCCCGACAUCGCCUCCUACAGGUACGACUACGGCGACGCGCUGACGCCGGACCGCGCCAUGUACCUGUCGUCGCGCAGCGGGCCCUACGCCUUCGCCUCGCAGACGUCCGUCUUCUGGGCCUACGUGCCGCACGGCGACGGCUCGCGGACGGGCGUCCAGGGGACCGUCAGCUCGUCGGGCUACGCCGACUUCACCGCCAACAACACCAUCACGCUCAACGUCUAUGGCACCUCGGGCGUGCUGUCGUCGGGCCGCGUCGAGCUCUCCGACGACGGCAACUUCACCGCUGGUCCCGGCGGCGGCAUCUACUACUCGCACCCGCGCGACGCCGACGCCAUCGCCUCCUUCAUCCACUCCAUCUUCCAGGCCCUGCCCGCCUCGUCUCCCGCGUCGCCCGCGCCCGAGGGCCUGACGCCACUCAACAUUGCCCGCAACUCGACGCUGGAGCAGAUCCGACACUACAUCACCACGCCGUCACCCUACGCCGUCGGCUCCGUGCAGCACUGGUCCAGCUCGUGCCGGAUCGGCGCCUGCGUCGACGUCAACGCAAAGGUCAUCGGCUCAGAUAACAUCCACGUCAUCGAUGCCUCUGUCCUCGCGCCCAUGACGGUCAACCCGCAGUUUGCCGUCAUGGUGGCCGGUGAGCUGGGGGCAGAGAGGGUGCUGAGGCCGAUCAAGGUCUAGCUCUUCUAAGGGGUCCACCGGCAUACCCAGACGUCAACGCAUGAUGGACACUUCAACAGGGAUGAUGCGGAAAGGCGCAAAGGGAGCGGCCGGGGGCACGUACGGGGAAUCUUGCGGCUGGUUGCACAUUGGGCACCAACAUCUCGCGUCGCCA